AUGAGGCCCACCGACGACAUUCUUAAGGGAUUCGUUGUUGACUACGAAAAGACCGUGGAAAGAAUCUAUACCAAGUUCGCUGGCAGGAUGGUGGAAAGUUCACCAGGCCUAGAGGUAUUGAGACAUUGCACAGGAGUUUCGACCAAUGAGAAGAUCGCGAAACGCACUUUGCCAUCCUGGGUCCCAGACUGGUCUCGCCGACGUCACGAAGUACCUCUGCCAAAGCGGGAUGGAGACGCCCACGACAUUAUUCCUUGGUGGGCGGUGCCACCGUUGACUCAAGAGGAUGAAAGCGUGGCUAGAACAAUGUUCCCAAUGACGUACGAGCUGGCUGAGAAGCAGUCGCAAGAAGUGUUGGAAGGACGAAAGAUGGUCAAUGAUCCUCAACAGUGGAUCAAGUAUUACCCCCGUGAGAUGGUGGAUGAGCUCCAAAGCAUGGUUAACACUGGCAAGCUCUUGUUUGCAGGUAUUCAUGACGAGCACUACAUCGACCCGAACGCCAACCUCGACAUGCACCAAAUUAUUGAACACACUGCCAAAGCAAACGAGAAGCUUGCUCGAUUCUCAUUUAUUCGCAACUGGUUAGACGAAGACCAGCCAAAGAGGCCUGUGUACGCCGCUGGUAUUGGCCCCAAGUCCACCCCCGUCGCGGAUGAAGACAUGGGUACGGCACUCGUGGAGGGAAUAAUUUGGGAUGAAAUUGACAUUUUACACGCACCCUUUCCAGAAGACUUGUAUUCACACUGGGAAAGGUCAACAGAGUUUAUCGUUGCUGUUGGGCAAUGCAAGCAGUUGGCUCUGGAUUCCCGACGGAUUAAUUCUCCGUACCCCUCCAAAGAGGCUGAACACGCAGCAUUUUGGAAUACUCUCGUUGUGGGACAGGAGGUGGACUCGGUCAGCAAUUUCGAAAGUUGCCUUCCUAAAGUUCCCAAGACAAGGACAAGAACGGAGGCGCCUGUCACGUUCCGAAAUCCAAAGCAAGCAGACCAAGCAGAACGUCAAGACUUACUCAGCACUCGAACUCAAGAGCUGAAAGAUAUUCUAGGAAGUAGCAUGAGAGGGCCUCUUCUCCUUGCCGACCUUCCGCCUUUGGCCGCAUCAGACGAAGAACUACAGGAGCUCAAGACUAGCUUCCAAAAGCUGGCGAACAUGUGGAGUCUGCAGCCGUAUGACCUCUACCAUCGCCCCUUCAGCCUCCCCAGCGUUGUACCAGAUCCUUAUUGGGAGAGUCGCCGUCAAUUCGACGACAAGGCACUGGAAGAAAGUACACGAUCUCGCCGGUACAAGUGGGAAAACGGCUUGCAUACACCUGAUAGAAACCAAAGUGCUCGGCUGCAGAAACUAGCUUUCGAGGUCUAUGGAGAAGUGCCUUCGAUCAUAUCUCAAUUACAAAGUGAAGAAAACGACUUUCAGUUGGAGAAAUACGCCCUGGGCCGCCGAUUCUUUAUCACUAAGAAAGGCUACAUGGGCCUCGCGCCAAUCGGGGCGCAGACUGGUGAUGACGUCGUCGUUCUGUUCGGCUCUCACGUGCCGUUUAUAUUGAGAGGCCGUGGGUCAGGUCACUACGAGGUUGUGGGUGAGACAUAUGUGUCCGGAAUCAUGAAAGGGGAGGUACUCAAGGACUUUGACGAAGGAAAUUGUGUGGCCAAGGGGUUUGUAUUAGCCUGA